AUGCAGCUACUUUGUUUUGUUUUAGCUUCUCUUACUGCCAACGCGGCAUUUGCACUCACAACUCCCAACAAGCGGGCCACUACCUGGUGCGACGCCUUUGGAAGUAUCCAAGCGGGCCCAUAUACUGUCUACCAUAAUAACUGGGGCGCCAACUGGGCAACAUCUGGAAGCCAGUGUACUACUUACACAGCCCUGAACGGCAAUUCUGUUGUAUGGUCUACAGACUGGACUUGGGCAGGAGGCCAGGGCCAUGUCAAGUCUUAUUCCAAUGUGGCCUUGGAAAAGGUUGACAAGAAGUUAUCUGAUAUUAAAUCCAUCCCUUCCACAUGGACUUGGAGUUAUACCGGAUCAAAUAUAGUAGCGGAUGUUUCUUAUGACUUGUGGCUCGCCCCAACUGCAGCGGCUAACAACAAGUACGAGAUUAUGAUCUGGAUUGGCACAUAUGGCGGAGCGGGUCCUAUCUCUUCGACUGGAAGUUCUCCUAUUGCUACACCUACUAUUCUCGGCACUAAGUGGAAACUUUUCAAAGGCCCCAACGGCGAUACCACGGUCUAUUCAUUUGUUGCAUCAAGCAAUAUUCAGAAGUGGAGCGGCGAUUUGAAGCAAUUUUUUAACUAUUUGACUGCAAGCCAAGGGGUCAGUACUAGUAUGGUAGUUACGAGUCUUCAAGCAGGAACAGAACCUUUUUCUGGAUCAAAUGCCAAAUUUCAAACAACGGCAUACACUAUAUCCGUUCAAUAA